GUCUUUGACCAAUGCGCGCCGCAGUAGGAUCAGUGACCAGUAGCAUCAAGGUUCAGUUUUUGACAACUUUCGAAAAACUGGACUUUGGCAAAUUUGACAAAUUGUUUGGGUUUGAAUUUGGUAGCGGACUGUAUUUUUUGUGCAACUGCACACUUUAUAGAAGUGUUCCCCACAAAAUAUCACAGAAUCACGAAGAAGAUUGAAGUAAGCAAUGGACGACGAAGAUUGCUCCCAGGGUUGCGAAUGGGAACUGGCUGAUGGUGGCCGGCCGCGAUCGUCGCGAUUCAAUCGUAAUCUGCAUGCGCUGCAAGAACACUUUCGCCAACUCGCGAUCACGACAUCCAGGCUGCAGGCUGACGUCAUGGAACGUGCAAACGAGGCAAACAGUGCGCUGCUGCAGGAACAACAGCUGACAGCAGCCAACGCCAGUUUUGCCUGUCCCAUCGGAAACGCUGAGGCUGAACGCAGUUCUUCCGAGAUGGAUUCGACGUACGGCAGUCUGAGCAGUGAAUCCGUAACGGAUAUCAUGAUGGCGCCAGGGGAAAUAAAGAAUGAUGGUGCGAAUGCCAAGAAGAAGAAAGUCUCUGAAGAAAAUGACGAUGAAAAGAAACGUCGGCGUGUCGACAAUUUUUUCGGCAAAAUGUCGGUGAAUAAAUACGUUAAAGACGUCGAAAGCGGCAAGCUGAUUCUCCAACUGGAAUCUGUCCCGAUACUGGAUGGGUCGGCCAUGAUCAUUUACACAGUGGACCGAAUUAUUGAAAAGGUCAUGGAAGAUUGGGAAGACACUACGAUGUGGGCGGAUAUGUGCGCGAAACUGGUGCAGAUCGAGCGGCAGAAAGUACAGCCGAAGUCCAGAAAGUCCGGCAUCUGUGUGACCUUUGAGAACCGCCUAAAGGAGCGCAUGCAAAAAGAAUUCGGCAGUGGAGCGGUGGAUCAGGUCGGUGACAUGGACAUCCAUCCACUGGAAAUUGUUCGGCAGGAGAAACGAAACCGCGAAAUUUACAUGUCAAAAAUGCAUUUUUUGUCGUUGCUUUUCUGCCAUAAGCUCAUUCCGGCAACAAUCAUUAUGUGCUGCAUCAAAAAAUUGUUGCCCCCGGAUGAGUAUUCGGUGCACUAUGAUGAGGACAAAAUGGAAGCGGCGUGUAUUUUGGUGAAGCGCUGCGUGCCGUUUAUGUACGACAUCGACAAUUCAUUGUACAAACGGUUGCAGUUGACCCGCGAACAAUGUGAGGGCGUCUUUAGCAAAGCGGAACUGUCCCAGCACAUCUCGCCGCUGCUGCGUUCGUAUAUACGCAAUGCCCGGUACGCCUGGGACGAGAAACCCGAUAAGUAUCUGCUGCGCGUUUUCCCGGACGAGAGGAGCAUGUUGAUGCCGGCUCCAAGGGCAGCGGUCGUCUGUGCGGCGGCCAGUGCACCGGAGCCAUCCAGUGACAUCGCUGACCGGGAGAUGCGCAGUUUGAGCCGGCGCAUGUCGGUGUGCCGAAUGGAAAGCCAUUCGCGAAAUACCGGCGCUUCUAAAAGCCGAAAAACAAGAAGCGCAAGAAGAAAGCGCGUACCAUGUCCACCUCGUCGGAUACGACGAUGGAUAACGCGCUGCUUGGUGCUGCACCGGUACCGGAGAAACCGGUGAACGAGAUUAGACGAUAUGAAAUGGCUGAAUCGAACAUUUAUGUGGAAGAGUUUUCAUCGGGAUGCACUGUUUCUGGACGCUGGGGAUCACGCUGUCUACAAGGAUACGCGCGGCUGAUGGGAAAAUGUUAUGGCGUCUAAAGCUCAAGGAGCGGCACUUUUUUGUACAUAUAUGAACCACGAUUAUGACCUUUUUAAUGUUAACAUAAUUAUUUUUUUGACCUUCUGUAGAGCUUGCCGUUACCUGCGCUCGGUCGUACAUAAUUGUUAUUUUCUGAUUAAAAAACUACAAAUG